GAGCCACACUGUACGGAGGGAGAGAGAAGAUGGGGGAGGAGAAAUGAAGAAAGGAUAGUUUUAACUCCUCUGCCUGUUUCCUUUCACUUCAUUCGUGUCUGUCGUUUGCUCUACACACUCCUCCAUGUGUUUUUCACAGAAGUUACUGAUGGAACGCAUUCUGCUGUUGGCGGUCAUGCCCGCUGUCCUACUCGCUGGCUUACCUUCUACAACUCCAAACAAUACUUCAACAAAAACUGUUAUGACGUCUCCAAGACCAGCCACCACUCCAUGUGUUAAAACAAAAACCCUUGAGCCCAUUCACAUCGUGCUACCACCUGUACUGGCCAGGGUGAAGAUGGAAUGGAGCAAAACAAGCCCAUGUCAUGGCAGGAUGCACCUCUCAAUAAACUUCACAAACACAAAGCCUAUAUGUGUAAACAGUGCUGUGAUGAAAAAAAAUCUGGCCAAUGAGCUGUGUGAGGAGAGGAGAUGCGGAAAGUUUCGCGAAUUCAAGUUCUACAAUGAGGCCUCCAAGAAAGAGAAUGGUUACAUGAUCAAUGAAAAUCUAACUGUGACGAAUGACCACUGUUGGACAGUAUCCAUCGCCUGCGAUGACAACAACGAGCUGUUGGCCUAUAAAGUAGCCACUGGCUUGCUGGUGGUGCUGGUCCUGACUCUCAUUCUCUUUCGAUUUGCAUGGCCGACAUACAUAGCCGCCCGCAAGAGAUUUUCACAGAAGCGGCAGAAUCGUUGGAUCGGCCCGACGCAAAGUCAGAGUGUGUCCUAUCACAGAGGCCAGGCUGGUCAGCUAAAGAACGAUACAGUCAAGAGGCAGUCCUACCCUGGUUUGGAGAAGCUUUCUGUAAAUCCCAGCAGAGAGCCAUCGUCAAACAGGAACAGUGACUACGACUCUUAUGCCUACAACUGAGCACCGCUGUGUGUGAGGCAUCACCGUGCAGGAGAACUUUGUGAAUAUGAUGAUUUGAAGGGUUUUUUCCCUCCCCACUUGUGACCUUUGGCUCUAUGCUACUGUGUUCAGUGGAAGCCAAACAGGAGCAAUCAACACAGAACUAAGCAAUCUAAAAUAUAUGAUUUGGGAGAGCUGACAAAUAGUACAUAUUGGACAGUGUUAGCUAGGAUUUUGCUUUAUCCCCAGAUAUUCAGUCAUUUAUUUUUGACUUGAAAGAACUUUGAAAGAACAGUUUGAUUCAGUUGAUGUACUAUGAGCACGACUGAUGUAAACUGGUAAACAGGCCUCGGUGAGCAAGGUAAACUAUGUUGUUUAUUUAUUUGUUUGUUUAAUAAGAAUAUUUUACCUGAGAAUAUACCUGAGAAUAUUUCACAGAACAGAGUGUCUCACCCAGACAUACAAGAUACAGACAUACGGCAAAAUAAUAGAUCAUGAUGCUCAAAGAUAUUUCCAUGAUAUGCAAUACAAAUCGUGAUAUUUAGCCUUAUUGUUGAAGUCAGAACAGACAAAAUGCACCAACAAAACUUGUACCAUAUUUUAAAAAGACUAUGAAAAGGAUGAAUGUUUUAUUACUGUUUUGUUUUUAAAUGUAUUUAUUCACCAUUUGCAAAAAUAAACAGUUUAAGAAGAUCAGGCUAAUAGUGAAUAAAUAAAUAAUUAAAAUAAGAUGUCAUAAUGGUUUGAUAUCCAGUCACCCAUGCAGUUUAUACAGUUACUAGACACUGCAUGUUAUUGUUUACGGGCUCUCUAUAGCCUUACUGGUCUAAAUCUUGUAUGUGAUCCAUGCAGGUGUUCAGUGUUGUAGAGCUACUGAUGAUAUCCAUGAUAUAAUCAGAUAAUAAGCGUACUUUGAUGUAGUUUAACGUGAUAAUGAUAACCCACAGAUGGUCUGAUAACUUCAGUGGAAAGUCAUGCCUGUAUAAUCUGAGGAGAAGUCAGAGAUGUUCCUAUUGGACAGUCACAGCUUCAGGUCACAUGUUUUUAAACUUGUCCCAAAUUGGAUCUGGAUUCCUACAAACCCUGUUUUAUUGUUGCUUAUGUUGUUUAUAAUGUGAG